GCAGGGAAGACUAGGCAGGCAGUGUGCCACUUCAUAAUCUACGGCUUUCCCCACCCCGCCACCCCAUUCCUAUUGGUGCCUCUUCUGUGAACAUGUGACUUUUCUCUUCCAUAAAGUGGUGUAUUCCUAAAAUUGAAAAUUGUGGGAAUCAAGGUGGAGGCUGAGUGCUGACCAUUUCAACAUCCAUUGUCAGAGGCAAAUCUCUUCUAUAUUAACAUCCAUAUAGGUGAAAUAACAUUUUCUGAAAGGAAAAAAGGCUUUAUCCUUCUGGGAAAUGGCAGGGAAACGAGUCCUCAUAGUCUAUGCACAUCAGGAGCCCAAGUCUAUGAAUGGAUCCUUGAAGGAUGCAGCUGUGACUGAACUGAGCCGCCAGGGCUGCCAAGUCACUGUGUCUGAUCUGUAUGCAAUGAACUUUGAGCCAAGAGCAACAAAGAAUGAUAUUGUGGGUGCUCUAAGCAACCCAAAAUCCUUCAAUUAUGCUGUAGAAACAUAUGAGGCUUAUAAGAAACAAUCUCUGUCCAGUGAUGUGGUUGAGGAGCAGAAGAAACUGCAAGAAGCUGAUCUAGUAAUAUUUCAGUUCCCUCUGUAUUGGUACAGUGUGCCGGCCAUCCUGAAGGGCUGGAUAGACCGAGUGCUCUGCCAAGGAUUUGCCUAUGAAAUCCCGAAAUACUUCAAAAAUGGUUUCUUUCAGAAUAAAUCAGCCCUGCUUUCAUUCACUACUGCUGGGACUGCCGAAAUGUAUUUUAAAAAGGAAUAUGCUGGAGAUAUUAGGUACAUCUUAUGGCCUCUGCAGCAUGGUGUGUUACACUUCUGUGGUUUCAAAGUCCUCACACCACAGAUCAACUAUGCUCCUGAACGUGCAUCAGAAGAUAAAAGAAAGGAGAUGGUGACAUCUUGGUCAAGGAGACUGGAGACCAUUUGGGAUGAAAAGCCAAUAGACUGCAGUCUUUCCUGGUACUUUGAGUAAUUACAACUUGCAUUGCAUGCUAAUUCUAAUCUUUGGAAAUUCUCAGGGUACAUGAACAUUUGUAUACAGAAUCUACUGUUAAGAACCCAAUAAAAAUUAUAACAAAA